UAUGACAGAAACAACCCCAAACACAAACACAUUCUCCUGUGUCUACUGAUGACUGCCUGUGACCUGUCUGACCAAACCAAGAACUGGAACAACACAAAGUACAUUGCAGUAAGUCAUACCAUCCUAUUCUAG